AUGAGGCUCACGACAGCGACGAUAUUACCGGCACUAUGCUGUACCGCGCAACUUGCAGCAGCGUCGCCCGCGCACGUCUACAUCCACGACCCUCACUCGCAGCCUAGCGCCGCAGCGAGAACGCUGGAACCAGUCGCGGCACGGUUGGUGUUGGCACAGAGAGCCGGUGUGGACGACUAUCACAGCUUAGAUCUGUCGAGGAAGGAAGUGGUGGAAGCCAUAAACGACUAUGGCCUGCGGACACAUCUGUUUGAGGCGCAUAGCAGUGUCAACAGGGCUACGUUCCUGCUGGAAGGCGAGGGCGACCCAGCUGCACAAUCGUCAUUGCUGCGAUCGUAUACGUCCUUCGAGCUCGACCCAGCGCCAGCCACUGCAGCUAGCAGAGGCCUAUUUGUCGACCUCGCGAAACAGUCGCAACCCGACCGCUAUGGCCACCUCAGCGACGAAGACCUAUACGCAGAGCUACAAGGUAUGCAGACACGGCCAUCCAAUGGUGCCUUGUUCCACGUAGUAGCAUCGAUGGCCGAGCUCGAAUCACUCCUCGAAGGCAUGACAAAGGACGACCGGUGGAGCAUCACCACUCUCAUCAUCCCUCCGGGCGAACAGUCCGCAGCCAGCCAAGGCAAAUACCAAUGGGGCACAUACUCCAUGCCAAACGCGCAGGCACCUCUCGAGAAGCGCCAGCGCCGAAUCUCCGAAGAGCCACUCACAGAGUCCUUCGAACCAAUCGCCUCCAGCAAGACGGAGUUCUCCGCUCCCAUCUCAAUCAACGCAAACAACACUUCGCCCCUCCGCGGCAUUCUCCCAGCUUGCUUCAGCACCCAGUCUGCCUGCGAGUCGGCGACACGAAACUGCACUGGCCACGGCAGCUGCAGCAGGAAGUACCACGAUUCGACCGCGAAUAACAAGGGCGGUAUCGACUGCUUCAGCUGCUCAUGCAAGGCAACAAAGAGCGAGGAUGGCAAGAAGACGACAUACUGGGGUGGGCCAGCUUGCCAGAAGAAGGAUAUCUCGAUUCAGUUCUGGUUGAUUGUGCUCUUCACUGUGGGCAUGGUGUUCCUCGUUGGGUUCGCUGUGGGAACGAUUAUGGAUAUGGGUUCGCAGGAGCUGCCGAGUGUUAUCGGUGCUGGUGUCUCAGGGCCGAGCGCGAGGAAGUAG